UUGUGUAUAAAUGUUGUGACCCGUCCAACUAAACCGUUUAGUAUGAAAUUAUCAAAGAGUUGGGAUGAAUUAAUUUUAAGUGCGUCGCGGUUAAGUUUAAAUAAUUUACGCACGCCCGGCAAGAAAAAAAGUAAAAAUAACCUAAAUCGGUUUGGAGAUUCUAUGGGUUCGCUGGGACAUCGAGCACUUCUGCAAUAUGUGGACGCCAAUGAUAUAUCCGGUUUGCGUUCCAUCUUAGAUAGUCGCCAUCUGACGGUAGAUGAUCGUGAUGAAAAUGGUGCCACAUUGUUGAUGAUUGUAUCGACACGAGGUCUAACGGCUUUUGUGCGUGAGCUAUUGGCCCGGGGCGCUGAUGUUCAGGCCGAGGAUAAUGACAAUUGGACGGCACUGUUGUGUGCCUCAAAGGCGGGGCAUUUUGAGAUUGCUCAGUUGUUGUUAGAUCAUGGAGCCGAUUUGGAACAUCGUGAGAUGGGAGGCUGGACUUCAUUGAUGUGGGCUGCCUAUCGUGGCCACACCGAAUUGGUUCGAUUCUUCUUGGAGAAAGGUGCCGAUGUCAAUGUCCAUGGUAAUUACCAUUUGGGACCAUUGCUGUGGGCCGCUGGCCGUGGCUUUAAGGAUAUUGUAGAAAUGUUAGUAACCCGCGGUGCCAAGGUAAAUGUGGGCGAUAAAUAUGGCACCACUGCCCUCGUGUGGGCCUGUCGCAAAGGCAAUGUAGAAAUUGUCGAUACCCUCUUGAAAGCUGGUGCUAAUGUUGAUACAGCUGGUAUGUAUUCAUGGACACCGUUGUUGGUGGCGGCCUCUGGUGGCCACACCGAUUGUGUUACCUCCGUUUUGGAAAAGAAACCUAAUGUUAAUGCCUUGGAUAAAGAUGGCAUGACCGCAUUGGCUAUUGCCGCCAGAGAAGGUUAUCAGGAAAUUGCUGCGGCUUUAAUUGCUGCCGGUGCCUAUAUCAAUAUACAAGAUCGUGCAGGCGAUACACCCCUUAUACACGCCGUUAAGGGUGGACAUCGCAGUGUUGUCGAAGCUCUACUCAAGAAACAUGCUGAUGUCGAUAUCCAGGGUAAAGAUCGUAAAACCGCCAUUUAUACCGCCGUAGAGAAGGGUCACAAUCAGAUUGUCAAAAUCCUCCUGCACACAAAUCCUGAUCUCGAAGCUGCGACCAAAGAUGGCGACACGGCUCUGUUGAGGGCGGUACGCAAUCGCAACUUGGAAAUAGUACAAAUGUUAUUAGAUCGUAAGGCUAAAGUGGGUGCUAGCGAUAAACGUGGUGAUACAUGUUUGCACAUAGCAAUGCGUGCCAGGUCCAAGGCAAUUGUUGAGGCUUUGCUGAGGAACCCGAAGAACAGUCAAUUGCUAUAUCGGGCCAAUAAGUCGGGAGAGACACCCUAUGCCAUUGAUACAGCCCAUCAGAAGACAAUAUUGGGUCAAGUAUUUGGUUCACGACGUUUGAACACGAACGAAGAUUCUGAAGGCAUGUUGGGCUAUGAGCUAUACUCCUCGGCCUUGGCUGAUGUUCUAAGUGAACCCACUCUCACCACACCCAUUACCGUGGGUCUCUAUGCCAAAUGGGGCAGCGGCAAAUCGUUCCUGCUCACCAAGUUAAGAGAAGAAAUGACAAAUUUUGCCCGUCAAUGGGCUGAACCUCCGAUAAGAACAGCUGGUCUGCUAUUCCUAGUUAUUUUCCAUCUGGCCCUUAUCCUCGGCACCAUUGUCGGCCUGUGCACCUGGUCAUUUACCUGGGGACCUGUGGCGGGUGCCAUUUUCCUGGCCUUUACAUAUCUGCUGCUUGCCAUUAUCCGCUAUUGCAACUACCAAAUGGAUAUGUACUGGGCCUACUCGAUCGAUCAUGGCAUACAGAAACGUAUUGGACGUCUAAGACUGAUUUUCCAAGUGGCCUUUUGUCAUCCACCCGGUGCUCAGGCGGAUAGCCAAGCAAAGCCAGUACGUUUUCACUUUGCCGAGGCUAGUAGUGCAUCGCCGACAGGUGAAGGAGCUGUGGCCCAUAUGUUAGCCUCCUUGUUUGAGGCCAUAGAGGUCCACUAUGGUUGGCUAUCAACUCGUCUCUACAGAGCUUUUCGCCCCAAACCCCUGAAAGUUACAGCUGGUUGGCGCUGGCGUCGCAUGUGUUGUGUUCCUAUUGUGGUAAUCUUUGAAAUGGGCCUGCUAACCCUCAUUGCAGGCGUUUCCUUGGUUGUGGCUUACUUUGCCCAUGGUUCCAGUGUAGAUAGUAACAAUGUCCUCAUGUCAAUUUAUGUCAUCUGUGCCAUUUUGGUCACAAUUAUCUGUACCAAUCUGCAUGUAUUGGCUAAAGCAGUUGGUGCCCUCUUCACAUCGCAGGGCCGACAUUUGAAGCGAACCAUUCGUUCGAGUGAAGGAGCACCGCUUACAGCCUUGGGCACCGAAGUGGCAUUAAUGACAGAUAUGAUUAAAUGCCUCGACGCUUUCACCAAUCAACAAAGUCGCCUAGUGGGUGUUGUGGAUGCCUUAGAUUCCUGUGAUACCGAGCGGAUCCUCUCCGUUUUGAAUGCCAUACAGACAUUGCUCUCUUCACCAAAUCGACCCUUCGUAAUGCUGAUUGCUGUGGAUCCACAUGUUAUUGCCAAGGCGGCAGAGGCAAAUAGUCGUCGUCUCUUUACCGAGGGUGGUAUUGGUGGUCAUGAUUUCCUAAGGAAUUUGGUUCACUUGCCGGUGUAUUUGCAAAAUUCCGGAUUACGUAAGGUACAACGGGCUCAAAUGACAGCAUUGUUAUUCAAGCGCAAUUAUGGUGAAUUACAAUCUGAUGAUGGACCCACAUUGGGUCAUUCUGUCUCGGCCAGAAGGCUAUCGAAUGCAUCGGAAAUUAUGUCAAGUCAGGAGAAAUUACGUGGUCCCUUAGGAGGUGGGCGUGGUGCUGCAUCGGGUAAGAAGUCAUUACGGCUCUCCGAAUCUGUGGCCAGUUCAAUUGGUUCGAAUCUACAUCGUUUGGGUCAAAAUCCUCAAGGUGUCUUGGAUAUGUCGAGAAUUAUGUUAACCGAUGAUUACUUUAGUGAUGUUAAUCCACGUAGUAUGAGACGUUUGAUGAAUGUUAUUUAUAUUACGGUUCGUCUCCUCAAGGCAUUCCAAAUUGAUUUUAGCUGGUAUCGUCUAAGUUCUUGGAUUAAUUUGACUGAACAAUGGCCAUUGAGAGCCAGUAUGAUUGUGCUGCAUCAUGAUCAAUUUAUGGAAUCAUUCGAUGACAGCGUUCCCCUCCAAGCGGUCUAUGAAAAAGUCCGCCCCAAAUUGGCCUGCUUACGUGAAGCUGCUCCCCUUCUCGAAUUGGAUCGUGAUGAACGCAAAUUAGAUGCUUUCCUACAAUUGCAUAAAUCUGAUUUAUUGGUAGCAGAUUUGCGCAUAUUCUUACCCUUCACUAUUAAUUUAGAUCCCUAUCUCAGAAAGGUGCUAAAGGAGGAUCAACAAUCCAUUGAGGAUGAAGGUUCAGUGGUCUUACAAAAUCGUCCUAGUGUUCAACAUCCCGUUCGUAUGCCACCAACACCAACCACAUAUAUGCCUUCGCCAAUGGGACCAUAUCCGCCAUAUCAACUCUUGCAAAAUGAAUAUUCGGCCGUACAGGAAUUGCGCCAGCGUAACUUUAGUUCCAGCAGUGAACCGCCAAUGACACCGCUAUUGAAUUCACCUGUCGAAUCGUUUGGGGAUGAUAUUCUACAAACAAAACUCUCCGACCUCACUGUUGAGGGUGUCAUCAGCUUAAUAGAACGUAUUGAAGAUUUGAAACCUGCAUUAGCAAAAUUAGCUCCCAUCCUAAGAGAAAAUGCCAUAAAUGGGCGCGUCUUAAAGUACUGCGAACUGAAUGAUUUGAAAAAGGAACUCAAUUUAAGUUUUGGUCACUGGGAACUAUUCCGUUUACUCAUCACUACAAUGCGUGACUGUGAAAAAAUGCAGCGUAAAUUUAAGGCUACACCGGCGUUAACGGAAAUUGCCGCCAAUAGUGUACCAAUCUCAAAGGAUACCCAUGAUUCGCAUUCAAUGGUGGUAGUGGCAAAUCCAGCACAUUCAAGGAAAAAUUCUACCACAUCGCACAUGGAGAAACAGUCUAAAGUCCAUGAAUACGAUUAUCUACAGGUCACCUUGGAGGAGCAAAUGAUUUGCGGCGCCCUACAGACAUUAAAUGAAGAUGCCUUUGAGGAUGUGGCCAGCAGUGAACGACCCAGUCCAUCCGGUAUGCCAACAGGUGAGAUGAUUGCUGCAGCCGCACAACUGCAUUUAGCACCCAUACGAGAAUCAUCGGAAUUCGGUUCGCCAUCCGGACGUGAUUCAAUACUUAAACAACAGGGCAGUGUUAAGACCGACAAACGAGUUUCAAUACGGGCCAGUCCCAGUUCAUCGAAUGUGGAAUAUAUUUCCGAGAAAUCCAAUGAUAACUCGAUUGCUGCGGCGGGUGGCGGCAGUGCCAAGAAAAGACAAGUGAAACCACCAUCAGGACCCCGCCCAGCCUCAUUGGUUAUCACCAAAAACGAUGGCAAUUCCCAUUUCAAAUUGGUGCGUUCCUCUUCCAUUGACUAUGAAGACAUCGAAUCCCAACAUGCCACAACUAUUCAAAGACAAACCACAAAUCGCACCCUGUUGGAACAACUGCAGGAAGAUGAAUCGGCUCCCCUAGUAUUUACAGUCCACAAGUGACACGAUUUUAUUUUCCCUUUUUUAAUAUUUAUU